AUGUCGGUCCAGUUUCAAAAGGAACAGGUGCGAACGCAGGCACCAAUGGCGCCAAAUGGACGCGAUGAGAGUACUGCGCACAAGAUUGGUGAAGCUCUGACCGGUGGAAAGCAACAGACUGGAUAUCUUGCCGCCUACCUCAAACAACUUCAAUCCAAUCCUUUGCGCACAAAGAUGUUGACCUCGGCCACAUUGUCUGCGCUGCAAGAGCUGUUAGCGUCAUGGCUUGCUCAUGAUCGAAGCAAACAUGGCCAUUACUUCAGUUCAAGAAUCCCCAAGAUGGCGGCCUAUGGCGCAUUCAUCAGCGCCCCCAUGGGCCAUGUCCUUAUUGGAUUUCUUCAAUGGAUCUUCGCCGGUCGCACCUCUUUGAAGGCCAAGAUUCUCCAGAUCCUGACCAGCAAUCUGGUGAUUGCGCCGAUCCAAAAUACCGUCUAUCUAGCCUCGAUGGCUGUCAUUGCCGGCGCACGUACCUGGCACCAAGUCCGUGCCACUAUCCGUGCCGGUUUCAUGCCAGUGAUGAGAGUCAGCUGGAUUACAUCUCCUCUGGCUUUGGCCUUUGCCCAGAAAUUCCUCCCCGAACAAACGUGGGUUCCGUUCUUCAAUUUCAUCGCAUUCUGCAUCGGUACCUAUAUCAACACUCACACUAAGAAGAAGAGGCUUGCUGCAUUGAGGAAGAAGCACUACGGUGAUGGAAAAAGCUCGUCCGGCCGUCCUGACGAGAGAUUUUAA